CAGCCAGAGCAUGACAAACGGAAAGUGAGAACAGAUCCAGGCUUCCAGUGACGACAGCCUCAUUAUGCGUUUAUAAGAACGCCUGUCUGAUCUCACCAGCAUCUAGUUGGAGAAGAUUCAGCUAGACAACACUUCGGAAGUGAACAGAUAGUGACUCUGGAUCUACAAUCUGGAGCUGACACUUAACAUGAAAGAUUGUCCCAAUGGAACUAAAUUCAUCAAACAUCUGCAACGACACAGUCGCCUGGAUAUGGCUGUCAUCUCUCCAGCCUCCAUUUCUGGCUCUUAUCAGCAUCCUGGGAGUGUUGGGCAACAGUCUGGUCCUCUGCGUGUUCUGCCUUCAGCGGAAGCCGUGCAGUGUAGCUGAUGUGUAUCUGGGCAACCUGGCAGCUGCAGACCUCAUUAUGGUCCUGUGUUUGCCCUUCUGGACGGUCACCAUCGCCCAAGGCUAUCAAUGGAACUUCAGUCAGCUACUCUGCAAGGUAAUCUGCACUGCCAUCUCGAUGAACUACUACUGCAGCAUACUCUUCCUAGUGCUGGUCAGCGUGGACCGCUACCUCGCCUUGGCCAAACCCAUGAACCCCAGUAAGCUGAGAUGCCCCAAAUGGGCCAAGCGUAUCUGUGUGGUGAUCUGGAUGGUGGGAUUCAUGCUCAGCCUCCCAACUCUGCUCUUCCGAAGAGUGGGUUUCUUUUCUUCCAUAGGGGUAGAUGCCUGUUACCUAGACUACCCUCAUCCAGCAUGGGUUCUCCAAAGGAACAUCACGACAAACUUCGUUGGAUUCCUGCUUCCGCUGCCAAUCAUUUCUCUUUGCACUUUUCACGUGGUCAAAGCACUUAAAAACCGCGGCCUGGUGAUUCAACCGAGAGUUCAAACGGAGAGGAAAGCUGCUCAGCUGGUUCUGACGGUUCUCGCCGUGUUUCUCCUGUGCUGGACACCCUUUCAGCUGGUGCGGUUCCUAGAAACCCUUGAAUACUUUCAGCUCAUUCCUGGGUGUCUCUGGGAGGAUAUAUUGCAAAUAGGCAAUGAGCUGGCUACUUAUUUAGGUUAUAGCAAUAGUGCAAUAAACCCUUUUUUGUAUGUUAUCGUAGGGAGCCACUUCAGGAAGAGAGCUCAUGGAGUUUUUGAAGGUCUUUUGUGUUCUAGACGCAAGAGCAACUCUUCUGUGCACUUAAAUGUUACUGUUAUUAGCAAGUGCGGUGACAGUCCUAAAGAUAACAGAAUAACACAGCUGGCUCUGAGAGCUUUAUAUCCACCCAUCAAACCUCAUAUGAUGUGUAGAUCGUUAUGAAGAGACGAAGAAGCUCAGCUGGUAGAGGUCAAGGGUUUGAUUGGUAACACUUUAUUUUGAUGCUCCCCCAACAGACAUUGCACUGACUAUAAGUAACUUUGCAAGUACAUUAGGCCAACUUAUUCUAGUACUAACCAUAACCUAACAAUGAUAGGUAGUUGUAGUUUCAAAGUUACUUAUGGUCUUCAUAAUGGGGACCAUCAAAAUAAAGUGUAACCAUUUGAUUCCCAGGAGAAAAAAUACAUCUUAAUUGUUUGAUUGUGCAAUCUUAUUUUUCUUUCCUUGCAUAUUUUCCCCGUCUUUGUUGAAGUGUGGAAAUAAUGAGAUGCGAGAACCAAGGAACUGGUGGAAUAGUUUCGCUCACUCAAGUGUCAUGUCAGUGAUUGCUGAUGAUUUUGCACUAAAAUAUUUGGAAAAUACUUUUGUAAAUGGUUUCUUAACAUCUGUGGACUUGUUUAAAGAUGUAUGUUUGGUUUUAUUGCUAUUAGUGAAUUUUAUUGUUAAUCUUUUACUGUUCCUUACAGCAUUUCAUUUCCACUAUAGCAAAUUUAACAACCACAAACCUCAAUUUAUUGUUUUUUUAAACAAAACCAAUGAUUCAAAUGAUUUAAAACAAAAGACUGUGAGCCUGUGCUUUGUUUUUUCAGUUAUUUUAUGAUUAAAAAAAAUAUAUAUAUUACACUUUAUGAACAUGUAUAUGUAUGUAUUUAUAAUACCUAUGCACUUUGUGUUAUAACAUCUAUGUUACUUUGUGUAUAAAAUCAUUACUUUGUACUGCUAUAAUACCUCACUGUGCUGUUGGUGUAGCUGGUUAAACAUUUGAAUAAAGCAAGAUGCACUAUUGAAAUAUGUCAAAUUUAUGGUUGAUUCAAAUAACAAAGAUGCAAAUUAAAAUAUAAGUUAUUUCUAUUCAUCCAGAAGUGUACACAAUUAUUGGACACAUUAGUCCAGG